AUGCCACGGAUCUGGCUGGAUUACUGCCAGUUCCUGGCGGAGCAGGGCUGGAUCAUGUGGACCCCCCUGUGUCCCCCUGACCCCCCUGUGCCCCCCCAGAUGCCGCGGAUCUGGCUGGAUUACUGCCAGUUCCUGGCGGAGCAGGGCCGGAUCACGCGCACGCGCCGCACCUUCGACCGCGCGCUGCGGGCGCUGCCCAUCACCCAACACCGGCGGCUGUGGCCCCCCUACCUGAGCUUCGUCAGGAAACACCCCCUGCCCGAGACCGCCGUCAGGGUCUUCAGGAGAUUCCUCAAGCUGUGCCCCGAGGAGGCAGAGCAGUACGUGUCCUACCUGCGCUCCGUGGGGGGGUUCAG